AUGAGUAAAAAGUACGGAAAGUCUACCCUGGGCGCAAUGGCGGCAAGGAACACGAAAGCCGCCAAUGUAGCCAAAAGAGGAGUAGCCGAUUUUAAAAACAACGUUAAGAACGUGUUAUUACAGGGUUAUAAUAAUGACCAAUUAUCAAAUAUUCAAACAAAAAAAAUUUUGAAUGAUAUUGAGAAGUUGCAAAACGACGCAUCGAAUGUUUUAUCAUCGCUAUAUGAGUAUUCAGAAGAAUUGAGAAUAAAAAAUGAGUCAUAUGUGCUAUACGACAGUCUGCUGGAGGAGUUUAAGCAGAACAUGGGUAAACUAGAAGAUUUGAGAGCAAAGCUAGUUAAUUACCAAACCUCCAUACCAAACUCAAUAAGAGACGUGAAACAUGAUAUGUACGUUUUAAAGAAUUUUAAAAGUUUUAGAUACGUUGAUGAGGACGAGAACAUGGAACUGGUUCAAGACCAAAUAUACAAUAUAGCUGAAUAUCCACUGGAGAAUACAAUUUUUGACGAAAGAUCCGAACAAAUUAAGCAGCUAAGAUCAUCAGUAUACGGAAUUCAAGAUAUGUAUAUCGAAAUCGGUGAUAUGGUAGAUUACCAAGGAGACCAACUAGGUAGUGAAAUAAUUUUACUAAUUGAUUCGCAGAUAAUAUCGAAAAUAACAUGUUAA